UCCGCAUUCCUGCGCUCUCCCAGACCUGGCCCACUACAUAAACGGGCUGAUGCAACGACUCCAGCUAGUCCCCGGACCCGCUGCCGAGUCCUAAAAUCCCCCCCCCACACAACAAUCCACGUUUUUUUUUGGGCUCCGUCUUCUGCGGAUUUUGUUUGGUUUAUUCAGGGCGCACAACAGUGUGCGGACACAGUUGCACCAUUGACAGAAGGACUUCACUCUGAGUGAACAAGGUAGAAAAUGCCCCCACAGCGCCUGCCCGGGCACAUCCAUUGGAUAGUUUUGUCGUAAACGGAAUGCCGCGGCGGAUUCACGGAGGAAUGGCUUUGACAGGCAAGAAAAAACAACAGGCGGCUGCCAAGCGCAGUGUAAAUGGGAGCACACACGAAAAAGUGGACGAGAGGGAGAAGUCCCUCAAGAGGGGAAGCGAAGGGAGGAAUGAAAUAAUAAAAUGCAUCAUUGGACUCUGGCUCGGCGUUCUAACUUGUCCUUGGAGCGAAUAAAUCACGCAGGCCAAACUAAGAGGUCAUAAGAACAGUAUGGAGAUGAACUACUGGCUCAGGUGUACUGUCUGUCACGUGUCUGGAUUAGUAACGCAGGAAGCUCCAUGGAGAAAAUACUACUGCACAAAUGCAUUUCAGGCAGCCACCUUUCAGGCCGCAUGCACGUCACAGCCAGUCUCCUCUCCGCUUGGCAGUUAAUUCCAGCCCCAACUGUAAAAACACUUUUGAGACCAGCCCAUAAGCUGGGUGGAGUACAUUAGAAUAGAGUUACAUAACCCUUCCUCUAUGGCUUUUGUAAUAGAAAAAUAAAUAAUCAGUAUAACUUCCAAUCCAUCCUCGUCUGUCGGCUCGUCACCCGGCAGCACGGUCAGCUGUCUGAGCACAAUGCACGUCUUUGUUGCGUCCAUCUGAGGGGGGGCUUUGUUUGCCUCCUAUGCAACCUGUCCUGGCUCAGCUCUGUCCCAAAGCUGGGAAGUAGCAUAGGGGGGAAUUUAACACUAGUAACGUCCUCACGGGUGUGACUUGCAGUCGACAAAAUAAUAGAAAUAAUGGCCGUCCUAAAUCCAUGAUUAACUGUACAUUCAGUGUUUAAAGGCACAGCGUCACAAGCCGAGAAUGUUUAAAAGAUGUCAUAUGAUACCUGGUGCAUGUCUCUACCAUCCAUUCAUCUAAGGCAGGGGUCUCAAACUCAAUUUACCUGGGGGCCACUGGAGCUAGGGUCUGGGCAAGGCUGGGCCGCAUCAUGUUUUCCAAAAAAAAAAAAAAAAAAAAACGCAUUUAGUAAAAACAGAAAAAUAAACUUUUUCAGUGCUUUGGUUCCGAUUUUCUACAAUAAAAGCUCUGAUAAAACGUUCCACUGUUCUCAAAUAUCUUACUUUUUAUUUUUCUGCACAAAAUAAGAUGAAAAUAAAUAAACAAAUCAAGAAAAGAAAAUCAAUCAAUCAGUAAUAAAUAAAUAUAAUAAUAAUAAUAAUAAUAAUAAAAUGGCAUAUUGCGCAACUGCAGGGUCUUGAGACACAUGCUAACUCGCAAACUAGAGAGCUAGCGACCUAAACGGUAGCCUUCAAGUUAUUUCCUUUAAACUUAAAUAGCCAAAAACUUACCACUUCCACACGGAUAGGGAGGAUAACUAUUUACAGUUAUUUAACCUUUAACAUGAACAUGAAUCAAACGUAAUAAUUUUUUCUGGGUACAUGAUACCAUACAGCAUCCAUAUCAAACUUGCGCGGGCCGCACUAACAUUAAACUUUCAUAUCAAGGCGGGGGCCUCAAACUAGUGUCCUGCGAGACCCCUGAUGUAAGGAUUUAUGACUUUUAGAUUCUUUAUGAUCCAUCCAGGAGGCUGCUACCGAUGCAGCUGCAUCUCUUUGUCAAACCAGAUAUCCGGUCACAUCGGUUUAUCCUCCAUUACCCUACCUUAGAUGUUCCUUGACUACUGGAGGAAUUCAAUAGUCCAGAAACGCAUGUGUCUUCUGUGCUCACACGAGGUUGAACGGAAGGACAGCGUGUCGUCAUGCAUCUGCAACAUGUGUUUCCCAUCUCCGCCGCGACUUUAAGAUGUCUUCAUUCUCCACCCUGCACAUGAAAUAAGUUAAAAAGAGGAUGGCAGUGGCAGGGUUAGUAUUUUUAAUGCUGCUAAAGUGAUUCAAAGAGCUACUCGGCAUACCGCAAGAGGCACGUGUACCUGAUAAAACCUAGCUUUCGUGGCCGUUGAAUGAUGUCAUGCAGAAACAAGUUGUUGUUAUGGCGAUGGUAGAUGACAAGAAGACACACGAUGGUGAGGUCAGCGGCCAAAAAGAUGAUGUUGCUAUGAGGGGGCUGCAAGAUGAGAUACCUGCUAAAUGUCUAAACACGCCUUCUCUUUCCUGUGUCUCUCGUAGCGGCGGGGGUGGCCGGGGUUGGACAUGAUGCCGGGACAGAUACCGGACCCUUCGCUGGCGGCGGGCUCUCUGCCCAGCCUGGGCCCACUGGCGGGCAUCUCGGCCACCACGCUCACCGACCAGCUGAAACUGGCCGACUUCCACCAGCUGGGCGCCAUGUUCUCGCCGCUGCACUUCCUGGGGCGGCUAGGGAAGAGGCCGCUCGCCAUCAAAACAGAGAUGGACGAAGAUGAAGAGAGGAGGAAACGAAGGCGAGAAAAAAACAAAGUAGCGGCAGCGCGAUGCCGAAACAAGAAGAAGGAGCGAACGGACUUCCUCCAAAGGGAAUCAGAACGCCUGGAGAUGGUGAACUCUGAGCUGAAAGCCCAGAUCGAGGAGCUGCGCCUGGAGAGGCAGCAGCUCAUGGUGAUGCUCAACCUCCACCGGCCCACCUGCAUCGUGAGGACCGACAGCGUCAAAACCCCCGAGAGCGAGGCCAACCCUCUGCUGGAGCAGCUGUCCACCGACGCCAAAUGAAAAGCAACCAGGGACAGGAGGGUGAAAAGCGCACCGAGUUAUCCCCGAGUGCCAUUUCACAUUUCAAAGCAAGCACUUGAGCUCCAUGCUGGACACUUUUGGAGACUCUGCCCAAAGACCUACUGCUACACGAGCUGGCUCUGUCCGAUGCAAUACUGGAAAUACGCCCGUUUUCAUCUCCAGUUCGUACGCCUUGUUGUGUUGUUGACACCUGCUGUGCCUCAUCACAACUUCAAACCAGCUACCAAAAGGGACCAAUGGACACACUGCAAAUGACACCACGGUGCUCUCCUCGUAAAGGCUUGAGCAGACUGUACGCCAUCGCCCGUUUUCCUUUGUAUGCUAGUUGAAUCUACAGGUGUAGUUUUAGAAUACUUUUGAGACUUUGUGUAGGCUGCCUGUGAUGGAACGAAGGCAGUUUGCGGUUGAUCCGACUUGUGGGACGCUGGCGUCAUGAAAUAGCACAUAUACGCAAAAAAAAAAAAAGUGUUUACACCCAUUGUUUGUCCAUUAUUGUACUUGUUUUAUACGCCUUUGUACACAUAAACAUGUCUAAAUGAAAUGUCAAUCACUUGAUGUGAUUUUUAUUCAAACUACAAUGUGUCUCCUGUCAAACAGCUGUGAAAACAUUUCUUUUUCUAUUUUCAGCUGAGCAGUAUUUCAAUGUCUGGACAUGUAUCUGCCAUGUAUGAUUCUGUUACACCCCGCCCCCAUGUAGAUUAAAGUCUAUUUUCUAACGACUCCAGCCAAGGUUUAUA